GUCCUUGACCUUUCCCUUCGACCACUUCUUCUUCUUAGCGGCCUUUCCGCCAGACGAUGGUGGUGGAGCUUUUGCUUUGGCCUAAAUCAAAGGUAGUCAAGUCAGCGAUACAUCUAUAUGAUUGACAUGGCAUCCAAGCGCUGCAACACUCUGAACAUUCCACAAUCCAACGACCCGGCAUGUUUCAUGCUUUCUUCCCUGGAAAUAAUCAUCAAUGGGAGGACACUCACCAUAAUGUCGUGGCCUCUUCGUCGAUGUCGAUGAACUGCACCUGGUCUGGCCUAACCGCCAAUCUCUCGGCGAAAUCCGGGUAUUCAGGCGCCGCAUCAAACUCGCUGACGUAACUGUGGCACCGAUCAAGUUGAGACACGUCGCGUGUCGGGAGAGAGUGAACAAGCAUUCCACUGAAAUAUCAGGGUCAAUAAUGCAUCCCUGGCUGUUUCUUGCUCUCGCCCUUCCAUCGUUAGCAGCGCUCGACAAGACCCAUGGUGUUCCGCCCUCUCUGGUGUCGAAAUACGUACCCAGCACGAAGGGAGCGCACCAGAAAUGGACGUGUUUAGAUGGUUCAAAGGAAAUUGCCUGGAGUGCGGUAAAUGAUGAUUAUUGUGAUUGUCCGGAUGGCAGCGAUGAGCCAGGCACGAGUGCCUGUCCCAAUAACAAGUUCUACUGCCGCAAUGAGGGGCAUAUUGGAGCCAUUAUACAAAGCUCUCAUGUUAACGACGGGCUUUGCGAGCAGGAAUGUUGCGAUGGAUCGGACGAGCCUUCAGGCGUGUGUCCGAACACUUGCCAGGAGGUCGGAGCAGAACACAGAAAGAAGACGGAUGCAGAGCGUAAGCUACGAAAGACUGGGUCCAAGAUACGAUCUUCAUACAUUGGGUACGCGCAUAAGGAGAAAAAGCGCUUGGAGGCGCUCAUGGCUGAUCUUGUCAAAGAAAUUGAAACGAGAGAGAAAGAGGUGGAGAGAUUACGAGGUGUGUUAGUCCAAGAUUGGGGGGCUCUUGUGGUAACACAACACGUUUCAGACAUUGCAGAACGCGCAGAAUCCCUCUCGGCCGCUGAGCUGGAGCGUAAGAAACAAUCCCCCCUCUACCAGUCACUCCUCGUACAUCAUACCGCAUUGAAGUCCCUUCAGAAAGAACACAAGAAGCACCUGGAACGCGAGGGAGCUCUUGGUGAUAUCUUGACCUCACUCCGCGCAGGCUACAACCCUAACUAUCAAGAUAUGGCCGUCCUCGAGGCUGUGCGGGGCUGGGAAACACUGGCAGAAUUGCCCCAUAUAAAUGACGUGCGCAAGGGUGACGAUGGAGAAGCCGAUGUCACUGCGGAGAAGCUGAAAACAGAGGACGCUAUUGAAGAGGAAGGUCUCUGGAAUGCAGCAAAGAUCGAGAAGGAGUUGGAUCAGUUGUUGAAGGCAGAUCAUGUGACGUUGCUGCUAGAACAUGACCAGCUUGUCGGGCCUGCUUCGGCUCAAUCCCUCUUGCUUGACAUCUCGGCCUACCUUCCCGACGCUCUGCUCCCAUCCUACCAUAGUUUCCGUGACUCUGUCCUCUCGGCUCUAUCAAUUUUCGGGAUUGGGCAUGGAGGCACACUCGACACUUCUGCCGAAUCAAAUCGUGCACGUGUGGCCCUUUCGGAUGCGGAGCACAGCCUCAAGCUGGUCCGUGAUGAGCAACAAGAUACAAAAGAAGGCCUCCUCGAUCUCUUUGAUCCUCAAGGCUUUGGCCCAGAAGGCGAGUGGAAAAAACUUGACGGCACGUGCUUAUCAAAGGAUACCGGAGAGUACACUUAUGAGGUUUGCCUCUUUGACGAGGCGAGGCAAAUUCCCAAUAGCGGCGGUUCUGGCUUCAGUCUUGGGAAAUAUUCGUCCUGGAACAAAGCUGCUCAACCUGGCGAGCUGGAAUAUUAUACCAAACAGCAUUAUACCCAGGGGGCCAAAUGCUGGAAUGGCCCCCAUCGCAGCGUUGAACUCGUCCUCACGUGCGGUAUUGAAAACGCGUUACUAACGGUGGCAGAGCUGGAAAAGUGCGAGUACCAAAUUACAGGAACGACACCGGCGCUGUGUCGCCCACUGGAGGAUGAGCCAGCCAAAGACGAGCUAUAGGCCUUUUGGCAUUAAGUUUAGGUACAAUACCCAGAUGCGUGCAUGUAUUUAUGAUGUGGUCAGGUCAACCUGAAUUUCUACUUUCAUCCCCUCGGGGCACAAGGAAUUCUAAUGAGGA